AUGUCUACCUAUACCAAAGCCAACCGUCCCUUAAUCUGGCUCAUCACCGGUUGUUCCUCCGGGCUAGGUCUUGAGCUUACCCGUAUUGCUCAAGCCAACGGAGACAAAGUGAUCGCCACUUCGCGCAAUCCCGCCCGAACACCCAAUUUAGUCGACGAAGUCCAGAAACAUGGCGGAGAAUGGCAUGCACUGGACGUGGACGACCCAAGCGCUCCGGGCGCACUGCUUCAAACCCUUGCGAAGUCCGGAAGCUCUAUCGAUAUACUAGUCAAUAACGCGGGGGUGAUUCAUUUUGGCUUGCUGGAGCAAUUCACGGACGAGGGGCUGCGCGGUCAAAUGGAGACGCUGUACUUUGGCCCGCAGCGACUUAUUCGCGCUGUGCUACCGGGAAUGAGAGAGCGAAGAUUUGGAGUUAUCGUGAACAUUAGUUCUGGGGCUGCCUUGGAUGGUAAUGGUAGUAUGGGCGCUUAUGCUGCGGCGAAGGCGGCCCUUGAUGCUUCUACUCGUGUUCUGGCGAAGGAGGUCUCCUCCUUCAAUAUCCGUCCUUUGACAGUGUGGCUGGGGACUCUCAAUACGAAUAUCGGAAACGUUUCUCCAGUUUUGCCGGGUCCGGUCCCUGAUGAUUAUCGGGGGUCAGCUGCGGAGCAGAUGAUGGAGGCAAUCAGAGGCAGAAAAUUUGCGGGCAAUGGGCAUAAGGGAAAGGCUGCAAAGGCCAUUUACGAGGUUGUUGUUGGCGAAGGGGCCGGUGCUGGACGCGAGGAAGAGCGAUUUCUUCCUUUGGGGGCUGAUAUGGUCUCUCGAAUAGGUCUAAUUCGUGACCAGUCUGACCAUGCUUUGCAAGUAUUUGGGGAGAUCUCUAACGGUAUUGCUAUGGAGAGGAGAUAG